GCGCUGGAGGAAGUUGUCCACAUUUCGCCUUUGGGUAGAGGCGUUUGUACGUUUGAUUGACCUGCUACUGCCGAGUGCUAUCGAGUUGAACUCGUCGAACAGUUAGUAGAAUUUUAACCGGCAUUUGGGGAGGACGUCAUUUUCCCUCGGUACCGUCGUCGUCGUAGUCGUGAUCGUUGUCGAAUCUGUAUAUUUAUCUUCGUUUGUAUCAACAGCGAGGGUGAUUGGCGCGUUGAGAUCCGCGGUAAAUUGCUGGAUGCUGUAAUCUGUGUAAUUUUAUCCAUGCUAUUACCCGUCAAUGGAAUGAGUGUGUGAAAUUAACCGGCUCGCCCUGGAGGGAGUUUUCCAUUGGCUGCUCGUCAAUCCAACUACCGGUGUUACUGGUGGAUGCUUUCGUGACGUGAAUUCAGCGAGCUGAAAAUACGGUGGGUUCAAGUUUGUUCGGUGCAAAGCGAUGCGAGCGAAAAUAAAGGCGAGUGGCAGUUCAGUUCACAGAUCGUCAAAGAAGUGUAAUUGAUUUGUGAAUAAAUAAUAGCUGAUUGGCAGGCUACCAAACCGGCAGUUUUCGUCGUUCUCGAAAGUGUGAAAAACGUUUGAAUUGUGCUGGGAUAAAGUUUUGUGCUGAUGGAUUUUUGGGCAGCGGGAGUGUUCUAUCGUUGUUGGUUCUACUCUGUGUACCAUUAGGGUGGCACAAAAGUGUAAAAGUGCUGGAUAAAAAGUGAAAGUGUAGAAAGGCAUACAUAAAGCAAUCGCUUUCUAACUUUGAGUGUCCAAGUUAGAAUCCUAUCGAAGUGUGAGGUGAAGUGUACAUCAGAAGCGAUUAAAAAUUCAGCACUUGGCUUGAGAGGAUCGAAAACAUUCUCUAUACGGUGAAUACGCUAUCCAGUGAGUGGUAUCGUAGCUGAAUAGUGCCUAGCUGGUCGGAGUAAAAAAGUGGUUCCUAACUUCAGCAUUAAUCAAAAGCAAACAGCAAUAAAUUGCAGCACGCGAGUUUUCAAGUGCUUUGUAGCGCUUUGAAGUGAAGUGUUUAUCAAGUUGAACGCAUCAGUGAAGCUCUGGCCCCUCUCACUACGGAGACAAUAAUCGGCGUUCAUCGAUUCCAAGCAAGGAUUAGUGCCAUUGCUGCGUACCGAUUGACAAAUUGUUUGCUUCCGCUCUGCUUCCCCGUGAUGGACAUGAUGAACGCUGUCAGGAUUCUAGCAGUUUUGUUCGUGCUAACCGUGCCUCCGGCGAUAGUCGACGCCCGCCGAUGCUACGUCUGUGGGGAAGGAUCGGAAGCACCCUUUCGGACGGCAAUUGCCAUGGCCGCCACCGCCGCGGUUGCCUCGUCCUCAUCGUCGUCGUCGUCGUCACAUCGACAUCACAACAGUUCUGGCAGUUCGGGUGGAAACACUUUACCCAAUAUCGUGACCACCUGCGAGGACUUCGAGCGGGACCAAGACGAGCUGGACAAAUACGUGCUCGAGUGUCCCUCCACCUACACCAGCUGCCUCACUCAGGUCGAUGGCGACAUGGAACUGCGAACCUGCGGCGAAAGCCUUUCGAUAAACGACUGCAAGAGCGCCAACAAAAUCGACUACUGCUACUGCAGCGAAGAUCUGUGCAACAGUCUGAAGCGGACGCAAAUUCGGCGCGAGAUCGAAGAUGCCCAAUCCGGUGCCCAAUCGGAACACCUGAAGCAGCACGAACCGAACAACAGCGACGACGAGGAUCUCUCCGAAUCGUCCGGAAUGGGUGAUUCACACGAGCGGCAUCGACUCGGUGGCCACCAUCGAACGGCACUGGGAGGCGGCAAUCACAAUAUGCAUAACCACCUGGAAAAGGAUUUCGCAACGACACAGAUUGUGAUGACACUGAAACCAAUUCCGACCACCGAACGGCGGAACAACAACGGCAGUGCCCGGGACGAUUCGGCAAAGUCAGCCACCAGCAGCGGUGCUAGUAAUUGCCGAUGGUCCCCGGAGCGUAGCAGAAGCAAUUUGCUGACACUGCUGCUGAUGGCCGGCGGUGGCCUGAUUUGGCGAUUAACGUGGUUCCGGGGUCACUCGGAAUUGGUUUAAUUAGUGGGUUUUGUGAGUUCCAUCUUGAUGUGAUUUCGGGCGCAAAUUGGAUUUUUGACACUGCUAGAUGGGGGUACGGUCGGUGGUGUGCGUUGCAUUGUGGACACAUUGCACAGUUAUUCGUUUUAUUUUGUUAUUUUAUUUCAUUUCGUUUAUUGUUUUUUUGCUGCGCUAAUUUUUUCGCUUUAUUGUAAACGAGCAAUCAAUGUGUUUAAUUGUGGAACUGUGCCAAAGUGCCAUUAAGGUUUGAAACCUUUUUCAAGUGUGUUAAGCUAUUUUAGUAGCUUUACAACUAUGAAAGCAUAGUUCCAUUUGUGAAGUAAAAAUUCUCUAUUAACUAGAGAAAUCUCAUUUUUUAGAGAGAAAAUUUUGACUUCAGACCCAACAAUCAACUAUGCGGAAAAUAUGGACACCCCUAAAUAUUUAUCAAUUAUUAGAAAUUUGACCCAAAACUUGGUGUUAUUUGUGAAAGUAAUCUGUUCAAUUUGCAUUUAAAACACAAUUGAGCCAUAGCGAUCCACCUUUGUUAGUGUCUAUUUCAAUAAGUUCAUAUCUCUUGCAAACUGAAUUUGACAUAGUGGCACUGAUUUCGUACAAAUCCGCAUAUUGAUAAUAUACAAUUUUUCAUAAGAUUUUACGAAAAUUCAGGGUGAGUUUAAUUACACAAAUGGGUUGUAUAUGGUAACGAUGAUAAUUUCAUCAAGCCUAAAUUGAACACUUUUUUAAUUUUGUUUGGUCUACGUAAUCAUGGGUUGGAGAUAUUUCACCGUUUACCAUAUUAAUUAGAAAAAAAAAGUUGCUUCAAACACGUAACAAAUUAGUUAUGCGAGCAUGCCUAUGAAAUUUUGUUUUUGUUAAUAUUUUUAACAGUUGCCGUGGCAGUUAUGUUAUUUGUGAUCUUCAGAUAGCUUUGUUUAUUAUUAAUAACAAAACUAUAUUGGCCAAAUUAUUUUAUAAACAUAAUAUAUUCCAAAUGAUGAAACAGGUAGUGGCCGCGAUUUGUUGCGCAACCAUAAACUUUUGCUAGUUCACUUUCACUUUUUUGAUUGCUAAACAGUUGAAUAAUGGUUGAUGUACUCUUCUUUUCAACGAAUUAUGUUGCAGAAACUGCUAGUCAACAAACUGUUUUGCUCGGAAAAAAUACGAAUUAUUAAAAACUUUAUCAGUCCUUCGUCGUUUCCUACACACAGAAAAAAAAUAUUGGUAAAAGUAAGAGUACUCCCCUCUUAGCAAAAAACAACCAACGCCAACUAUUAGGUUGAAAGUAAAACUUUUAAAUUUAUCAAGAAUAAUAAUCAAAGUAAAAGUUUUCCUUUUAAGCAAAUGAAGAAUACCACUCAAAACAAAAGUUUUAUUUUCAAACUAAGAGUAUGCGUUGGUUGUUUUUUGCUAAGAGUGAAAAACUCUUAUUUUUACCAACAUUUUUUUCUGUGUGUAGUCCCAUCGGGAGUAUCUGCACCAAAUUUGAGCCAAAUCGGACAAGUCUUGCUUCUGGACCAAUGUUUUCGAAGUUUGUAUAAAAUUUGUCGACAAUUUAUAUGGCGAAAGCGCACUAAGUUGCAUUUUAACCGCUAGGUGACACUGUAUGCAUAAGUUUAUCGCUGCAAAUAAAAGCAAAAAGAUAAUUUAAUAGUUUACUACUUUGUCGAAUGCUGUAAAUCAAUCCAACUUUCUUUGGAGAAGUUAUUAAAUUUUCAAAGAAGUUAUGCCUGAGUUAGCAUAGGGCCUAACAGCAAUCAUUAUUCGAUUCUCACGAGCUCAGUGCAGUGAAAUUUCAGUUCAUUCAAUCGAAACUGAAUGGAUGCAGCCAAUCAGUCGACAUGGCAAGAUUCACAUUCAUUUAACUAACCGGCCCCUUGGCCCCAGUGGUAGUUGCUUAAACUAAUUACAUUUCAAAAUAGCCAAUAUUUUCGCUUUUAUCGAAUUCCGCUUCCGGUUGAAGUCAAAGGCCGUCGCCACACUGUUAAAAUUUCGCUGGAGUCCGGUAACAGAGCUCUGGCAACCAUAGUUGAUUCUCCUGAACGGAAGAAGAGAGUUAUUACGUAGAGCUCGAACGCGGGCUUGAAGAUCCAGAUGUCCGAGGAUUGUAGGGCAAUCCGCACUGGCAGAGAGUAAGUCCGAGACGAACAGGGCUCGAGAGCAGUCCCUCCGAAUGCUGAGUGUAUCGAGAUGUAUUAACUGGCAAUGGUUUUCAUAGCUCGGCAGAUCGAAUCUGUUUCGCCAUGGGAGAUGUCGAAGGGCGAAGCGUUGAACCGGCGUUGGACAGCCUCGAUUCUGUCAAUCCCGUUCUGGUAGUACGGAUUCCAAACACCAGAACAAUAUUCUAACGUUGAGCGGACCAACGCGCAAUAAAGCGAUUUAGGACAGUAUACGUCCCUGAAGUUUUUCGCUAUUCGGAAGAUGAACCCAAGCUGUCUUGAUGCCUUAUCUACGAUGUAUGAAGUAUGUGGUUUGAACUUUAGUGCUGAAUCCAUAAUGACUCCGAGAUCCUUGAUGUGAGAGUGUCUUGCAAUGCUCGAGUCGAAGAAAUGGUAGUUAAAGUAAGUCGGAUGGCGUUUCCGCGUGAACGCAACGAUUGAGCAUUUACUCGGGUUUAAAACCAUUCUGUUCAGAUCACACCACGUACUAAAGCUCUCCAGUUCCCUCUGAAGAAACUCGGUAUCUGUUUAAUCCCGUAUUUGUCGAAAAAAUUUCAUGUCGUCUGCGAAAGAAAGGCGGUUUCCUUGUAAUGUGGUAUUGAUGUCAUUGAAGUAGAGCAGGAAUAUUACUGGACCGAGAUGGUUUCGUUGUGAGAUGCCGGAUGCAGCGAAGAAUGGUGCAGAUAGACAAUCUUUAACGCUGAUUUUAAGUUGCCUUCCAUCGAGGUAGGAACGAAACCAGCGCAGAAGCUGUCCAUGAAUACCGAGUUUGUCCAGCUUCGCUAUUGUGAUAUCAUGGUUGAUUUUGUCGAAGGCCGCAGAUAGAUCCAUGUAAAUAGCAUCGGUUUGCAAUCCGUCUGCGAAUCCAUCGAGUACAUAUGUUGUAAACAAGAGCAAGUGUUGUUCAGUUCAUGGCUCUUCAUUCAACGUUGCUUUCAAAUGAGUCGCAGUGCAACCUCCUUCGUUUGAGCCUGUCAAAUGUAAAGAUACCAAAGCAGCCGAAAUUAUCCAAGGUCCAAAGUGAUAAUCUCUAGUUAGUGGUAACGAAAAUCGAUAAAAUACAAGAUGGCGGCUCCCAGUAAUUACUUAACAGUGGAAAGUGCCAUCAAUAUGGGUAUGAUUUGAAAAGUUGGUCAGUAGAUGAUGGAAAAUUGACGAUUGAGUCUAUUUAGAAAUUCAAGAUGGCCGCUUCCGAUUACCACAAAACAGUGAGAACUGUCAACAAAAUGAGUAUCAUUUGAAAGGAGCUGGUCAGGAGAUUCGAAGCCCUUUUUGAAAUCCAAGACGGCUUUCGGUAAUCACAAAACAGUGCAAAACAUUAGCAAUAUGGGUAUCAUUUGAAAGGUUGUGGACAGUAGAUGACGGAAAUUGACGAUUAAGGCCACUUUGAAAACCAAGAUGGCGGCAUCCGGUUACCACCAAACAGUGAAAACACCAUCAAUAUUUCAUUAUUUGUAGUAAGUAGAUGACGGAAAUUGAUGAUUGAGUAUCCAGUAACCACAAAACAGUGAUAACUACUAUACUUAAGGUUAUUAUUUGAAAGGGGAUGGUCGGGAGAUGACGAAAAUUGAGAAUUAAGGCUAUUUUAAAAUCAAAGAGGGCGGCUGCUAGGAUUCACAAAACAAUGAAAAAACAAUAUAAAUAUGGGUAUCAUUUGAAAGGUUGUCAUCAGUAGAUGACGGAAAUUGAUGGUGAAAGCCAUUUUGAAUUUCUAAAUUGCAGUUUCUGGUUACCAUAAAAUAGUGAAAACUUCCAUCAAUAUGUGUAUCAUUUGAAAGGGGCUGAUCAGGGGGUGACAAAAGGGGUUUUUUUGAAAAGGAGCAAAUAGAGGUUAAGAAAAAUCGAUGUUUAAAGACUUCUGGUUAUCUAUGAUCGUAUACGUCUCCGAAGUUAAUUUAAUAUAGUCGCCCUUAUUAUGUUCAAAUCAAUACAUACGUAUGUAUAUUAAUAACAAUCACUUCAUCUAAAAAUUAUAAAGCCAUGAAAUUGUAUAUUUUUAAUAUAACUUAGGUAAAGGUUCAAAAGUCAGAUGCAUAAAAAAAAAGUAUACGGAUACGAUAUCAAAUUAUCAAACAUAUUCUGAAUUUUUUCUAAUUUUUCCAACGAGAGUGAUUAGAUCGAAUCAGACUUCCGUUUGAUUUUGGUGUUAAUACUGGAAAUGCAAAUUACAUUCGUACAAAAAAUCCCUCCGUCGUAAUGUAGAAUAAGACUUUAUAAACCGAUUACCAAACAAAUCAUAAACUUUCAAUCACAAUCACCCACAAGACUUAAUUCGUGAGCAACUUCGUGAUAAGGGUUGAAGCAUACCGUCACACAGUGAUCACCUUUCAUACAAAAGUCAGACAAAAUCUCAAAAGUGGCCCGAAUUUGAUAAAAACUUCACUUUGGGAUAAUUUUGUGACGCUGAAUUCAUAUUUGAUGUAAUUUUUUUAUUUUUUUUCGCUUCAAAAUUUUGACACAUAGGGUGGUUUGAAAUUUCAACAAAGUGCAUAUCUGCAAAUUUAUUUUCAAAAAAAUGGUGCGGUGAAUUUUUGGCAGAGUACACAUUUUUUCAAUUGUUGAUAUGGCUGAGAGACAUUUAUAAAUUAUAUUUCGAACCCUGGGUAAUAAAACACUACCAUGCGUCUCCUUCAGACAUAUCAUGAAAAAUCACAUUUUUCCAUACACCUGGGCAGAAAGGGGCAACACAAGAUAUUCAUUUUCGAAAAGUACACUAAUUUUCAUGUGUCUUUUCGAAUUGCUUAAAAAAAAGAACAGCCACUUCACACAGAAAAAAAAUCUUGGUAAAAGUAAGAGUGAUCCACUCUUAGCAAAAAACAACCAACGCCAACUAUUAGGUUGAAAGUAAAACUUUUAAAUUAAUCAAGAAUAAUAAUCAAAAUAAAAGUUUUCUUUUUAAGUUGAUGAAGAAUAGUAAUUAAAAUAAAAGUUUUAUUGUCAAACUAAGAGUAUGCGUUGGUUGUUUUUGCUAAGAGUGAAAAACUCUUAUUUUUAUCAAUAUUUUUUUCUUUGGUUGAAAAUUAUAAAUUUAAUUUAUUGCCCGAUUUAUUAUUUGUUCUUCAUGUCUAAGCGAGAAGAAAGGCUUGUAUCGACUAAAUCUACUAGUAUAUGUCCAGCAAAUAACCUGUCAAAUGAAACCAAUUUGACCCUAACCGGAUUCUUACUAAAAAGAUAUAUUCAUUUGAAUAACAUAGGUUUGAAUGCAGUUUUCUCCAGAAUUGAUCAUCUGAUUCACCUUUGAAGACCCUAUGCUUAAAACCUCUAUAAUAAAAAUAAAAAAGGUUAAGAUUUUGAGAAGACUCUAUUCAACCUAUUUACAAACAGAGAAAAAUGUUAAGGGAGUCUUCUACUCGCGAGGCCAAAAAUUGAGCACGUUUUACAUUUCUUAUAAAAGAAAUGUAUAGAAUUCGCUCAAACUUUCAAGAUUUUUUCCGAGGCCCGGAGGGCCGAGUCUUAUAUACCAAUCGACUCAGCUCGACGAUUUGGGACAAUGUAUGUGUGUGUGUCUGUGUGUGUGUAUGUAACGGACAAAUUCUCAUUCGUGUUUCUCAGCAAUGGCUGAACCGAUCUUAUCCAAACCAAAUUUAAAUGAAAAACUAAAAAACAGUAUGAACGCUAUUAAUUUGUUUUUGAUUCUGAUGUUUAGUUUCCAAGAUAUGAAUGUUUGAAUGCGCAAAAAUGGCGUUUUUUGCAGUUUUUUUAAUUAUCUGCCGAAAUUGACAAUAUAGAUUAACAAUGUAUAUGUUUUUAGACAGCUUUAACGAAUACCUUUCGUACAAGCUAUAGAUUGUUGAAAUCGGACUAUUAUCAAAAGAGAUAUUUAACAUUAAAUGCGGAAGAAAGAUUUUUAUCAAUUCCCAUUGCCAGAAAUAUGACCAAAAACAUGUAAUCUAUUAUUAACGCCAAAACGGCUUAUUUUAGGUCAAUAGUAUCUUCGGAGAAUUUAAUGGAGGCAAUAUGCCCUUUCUUUUGGUAUUGUGCUUUUGCUGAUUAAUCCCCGUAUGAGUGAGAUAUUUUCACAAUUUUUUUUGGAAGUGAUUAUAUCGAAAUGAUGCCUUCAGCAAAUUUGUAGCUCUUACUUUUGCGAAUAACUUUACUGAAGACUUCAAAUAUCUAUUUUGAAUACUUUAAAAGUUAUGGCUUGUUGUUUGUUGAUUACUCUUUGUCGCCUAUUUAUUGUUCAAUAUAGUAAUAAUUCAUUGAAAUAAGCCAAACAUUAUUUCGAUAAAACGAAUUUUGUAUUUCAUUUUACUAUCUACAACCGCUAGAAAUAAUCACCGAACACUUCCAAGUUGUCUGGAAGGAACUUGAUAACUUAUCAGUACUAAAAUGUUCAUUUGUGCGAACCUUCUGACUGCAAUUUUUCUAACUUACAAUCAUCGGAUCGAUCUGAAACAUAUCGGAAAAUGAAAAGCGAAAUAAAUAACUCCAAGCAACGGCGUAGCCAAGAAAAGGUUUUGGGGUUUAACGCCAUACAACCCCUCCCCCCCCACAACACCCAAAAAAAUAUUGGAUUGAAGUUGAAAAUUUAUUGAUGCAGACUGAUUUAAUUCAAUACUACAAUAACAAUUAUCUGAUACGUACAUUGAUAACCUAUUGUUGUAAACAUCAUGAGGACUUUUGAUAAAUUGUCGGAAUGGGGUCCUGAUAUGUAACUGAUCUCUUGGUCUUGAUUUCACAGUUGUCUAAUAGCAUCAAUAUCAAAUUCCUGCCUGAAAACAUUCCAAUAGAAAAUUCCAGAGUUCUGUAAUCAAUCAUAAUCCUCAGAUUUAUUUUCAAAUUGAUCUCGUUUUUGUAGAGAUGUACUGUAAUAAGGGUCUUAAUUUAAUAGGAAGCGAAGUUAAAAUUGAUUUAAUGUCUAUGAAACAUAGAACUGCUCACCAAAAAAUGCAAAAAUUUCAACAUUUGCUAAAAAUGUUUUUGCCUUUCUCAUUCACUCUAAAAUUCGUCGAUCUAAUCCCGACCGGGAGGGUCGAGUGUCAUAUGCUAAUCGACUCAGUUCGUCGAGAUCGGAAAAUGUCUGUGUGUGUAUGUAUGUCUGUAUGUAUGUGUGUGUAUGUGGAAAAAAUGUGACCUCUGUUAAUCAGAGAUGGCUGGAUCGAUUUGCACAAAGUUAGUCUCAAAUGAAAGGUACAAUCUUCCCAUCGGCUGCUAUUGAAUUUUUUUUAUUGAUUGGACUUCCGGUUCCGGAGUUACGAGUUGAAGAGUGCAAUCACACAGCAAAUUCCCAUAUAAACCGAAAUGAAAAAUUUUCAAAAUCAAAUUUGUAUUUUUGAUGCCAAUUGACAUUAUAACGCAUGAAACAUUGAGAUUUGAUGUAAACUCGAAAAAAUAACGUUUGACAAAAAUUGAUUUUUUUUGGACUUUGGUACUUUUUUGCUCUGUUACUAUUUUCUGAAAAAUUAAUUCUGCAUAAUUUUAAAACUUCAAAAAUUACGGUUACGGAAUUAUGCCGUUUAGACAUUAAGAUCGAUUUUCACCAAACCCCCACCAAUUGUAAAAUUGGUAUUGUAAAAAAACUUAAGGGCGAUACUUCAAUGCUGAUAGGUGGGACCGAAAAAGUAAACAAUCGCCAA